AUGUCUUCUGAAAACGUCUACAGCCCUGCGUUUGCGCCGUUCUUCGGGUUUGCUGGCUGUGCUCUGGCGAUGAUCUUGUCGUGUGCCGGAGCGGCCAUCGGCACCGCAAAGUCGGGAAUCGGUAUCUCUGGUAUUGGUACUUUCAAGCCGGAAUUAAUCAUGAGAUCUCUCAUUCCGGUGGUUAUGUCGGGUAUUUUGUCGGUCUAUGGGCUUGUGGUGUCGGUUUUGAUAGCUGGAGGCUUGAGUCCUGGUGAAAAUUACACACUUUUCAACGGAUUUAUGCAUUUGGCUUGUGGAUUGAGUGUUGGAUUUGCAUGCUUGGCGUCGGGAUACGCCAUUGGAAUUGUAGGAGAUGAGGGGGUUAGGCAGUUUAUGCACCAGCCUCGGUUGUUUGUGGGAAUAGUGUUGAUUUUGAUUUUUGCCGAGGUGUUGGGGUUGUACGGCAUGAUUAUUGCGUUAAUCUUGAACACCAAGGGCAGCGGUUAG